CUUUCUCCGUCGCAUCGCCGUCGGCUUUGGGCAAGAUGGCCUCCCACGAGGCAUCCUCCGAUCAGCUCUGGUCCAGCGACUCUUUAUCUUUCCGAGAUUCGUCGCCCGGCUCCGACUCUUCUUCCAACCGAUACUCGCCGCCCCCUUCCGACGCUGCACCGGCAAGCUCUCCACCCUGGAACAUGUCUUCGCCGUCGCCGUCACCGUCGCCUUCCCCGAGUCCCGAGCCCGUGAAGAAGCGCGGCCCUGGCCGCCCCCCAAAGACGAGCAAAGGAAACGAGGCCCAGAUCCAGACCGCUGUCGUUGUGCCGCUGCCUCGUCGUCGCGGCCGCCCUCCCAAGCCCAAGGCCAACCUGAGCAAGCCAUCGGUAGCACCCAUAGCCCCUGCGGCAAUGCCGAACGAGCCCCCCAUCGCUAUUACUCCGACCAAACGGCGGCCAGGAAGACCACGCAAGCACCCGCUGCCCGAUGCUGCUGGUGCUGUUUCUGCAGCAUCUUCAUCCGCCUCGCUUGCAUCGGCGCCGCCGGCGAGCCCAUCGGCAACUGUCAAACGCGGGCCUGGGCGGCCCAGAAAGAGCGAUUCCGCCAGACCCACCGCUGUUGCGAGCCCUCCUUCCGUCGCCGCCGCCGCCGCCAUCGUCGCCACCGCCGUCCCCGGUUCAGUCGAAGCUCCAAAACGCAAACCGGGGCGGCCUCGAAAGAGCGACGGACACAAUCACGCGGCUAAAGCAAACGCCGCCGCCCAGCAACUCCCUGAGGUACCUCGUGGAAGCUCGGACUCUUCAAUCGACGACUCUGAUGUAGUCGUACCCGCUCCUCAAAUCAAGCGCCAGCGCGGACGGCCCAGAAAAAACAGCAGUGCGCCAGAGACUCUACUCGGGAUACAGCCGACAUACGUUGAGCUGCCGAUUCAUAGGCCGAUGAGCCCCAAACCAAAUGACGCGUUCGUCUCCAGCAAUAGCCACAAUACCACGGCCACCGUUUCACCCUUGCUUUCCGACAUGGAGGACGAGCCGAACGAACUGGGUCAUCUCAGUGAGGACCAACUGCGCGAACUUUUCAGCAUAUUGGGGGCAGUGCUCCGCAAAAAGUCGUUCGUGGACAAGAUCGUCGAGACUAUCGCGAAGACGGGGCUCAAACGCAAGCGGUAACGGGCUCGAGCAGCGCCCGUGGCGGUGGUGGAAGUGGAGGAUGCGAUAUCGUUGAUGCUGUGAAUAUCAUUGAUGCUGCGAAUAUCAGUAGUGCUGCGAAUAUCAUUAGUGUCGUGAAUAUCAUUAGUGUUGUGGAUGUCA